AAGCAAGGGUGGUGCUAAGGACUUAACAGAAAUCAGGACCUUCUUCAAGGAUGAAGCCAGUGGUGGAGGGCUUCGAGUGCCACACUUGAGGUGGCCUCGCCUACUUCAUGGGGUUGUUGCAGGACCUGAUGGGUGACAGUUAACAAGUUACUUGCUUCCCAGCUGCUGUAUUAAAGAGGGAGAUUGCCUUUAAUUUGGUUUCUCUCCUCCAAAGCCAUGCACUUCUGCCUUUGCAUUCAUGAUGGAUCAGGACAAGGAGAGCACGGGAAAAGCCAGGUUCAAGGGAAUCCCCAUUCUAGAAGCCCUCACAGUGGGUAAAAAUGAGGGCAAAAUAAAUAACCACUAACCCUGAGCAUCCUCCCCUCCCCAGUUUAAAAAUGCCAAACACGUUAUCUCUCUUUCUUCUCAGACUACUACUAUGAGAAGACCUGAGUAGGAUAUAGGAGGUGCUUAGAAUAUUUUGAUAUCUCAUUUGGACUUAAGCCUAACUUUUUAAUGGAUCCCCCCUCCCCUUCUGUAUUUUCAGAAGAUACAGAUGGAUGGACCGCUGAUGAAAGAUGAGGGCAAGUCCUGGGCAUCCUUGGGACUCAGUGCUAGACUGAAGAAGGGAGUGGCAAGGAUACCAGAUAUCAAGCCGGAUCCUUCAUCCUUCCAGGAUAGAUUGUCAGCAGUAGUGGGUGGUAAUGAAGAAGAGCUGUUACUUAGAGUAAAGACUGAAGAAAAGAAGGAAGAGGAUCUGGAAGUUGAGAUGGACUUUUCUGCAAAUGGGAAGCUGCUUGAUCCUGCACCUUCACGAGGUUCAUCAACUGAGGAAGAGAUGAAGGUGGAGAUUGAGGAGCAGAAGGUACAAGAAUUUGAGGUGCAGAAAAUCACCAUCCCAACUGAGGGUUCGUCUUCCUCUUCACACCCAAACACUUGCGCUGUGUGCGGGAAGAGCUUCAGCCGCCGUUCAAAUCUGGCCAAGCACCAGAUCAUCCACACGGGAGAAAAGCCCUACCGUUGCAACGACUGCGGCCGCAGCUUCAACCAGAGCUCGGCACUCACCAAGCACCAAAGGACGCACACCGGGGAGCGCCCCUAUGUCUGCGGGGACUGCGGGAAGGCUUUCACAGCAAGUUCCAACCUCCUCCAGCAUCGGCGGUUCCACACCGGGGAGCGGCCCUAUCGUUGUGAAUUGUGUGGCAAGGCCUUCUCUCAGAGCUCCAAUUACAACUUGCACCGGCGCGGCCACACAGGGGUUACCCCUUACCAGUGCAGCGUGUGUGGGAAGCGUUUUACUGGGAGUUCGUGCCUUACUCGCCAUCAGCGGACCCACACCGGAGAGAAGCCGUACCAAUGCCAGGAAUGUGGGAAGCGGUUUUCGGGGAGUUCUACACUGGCUAACCACCGCCGUACCCAUACGGGUGAGAAACCAUACGGUUGUGUCGAGUGUGGCAAGCGGUUCACCCACCACUCCAAUCUGGUGGACCACUGGAGGGUACACACAGGAGAAAAACCGUACGUGUGCACAGAGUGUGGGAAGAGCUUUCGGCUGAGCUCCCACAUAAUUCGCCACCGUCGCACUCACGCCAACGCUCGUGGCCCCAGUGUGGGCCACGACCUCCUCUGCGGGGUUGACACAACUUUUGAUGAUGCCAACAUCAUCAAGGGCCACCAUGAUGGAAGCAUUGGGAUCCCACACAUGACUGUCCAUGAUACUUUGUGCGCUGAUACCAGCGUCACCAAUGGCAAUAACAGCUCAGAUGAAGAGGAAGGUGACCGGCUUCUUAUCUGUGGCCACUGUGGUAAAGGUUUUCAUCUGGAGUCUAUCCCCCAGAAACCUAACCAGGAUGACCUGGCACUGGGUGAAAGGCCCUAUAGUUGUACUGAGUGUGGUAACAGCUGUUGGACAUACUGCCUGGUGGAAGAAUAUACUCUCUUCUGCUUGGAAAUAACAGCUGUAUUAAAUCUCAUCCGGCUGCACAAAGAGAUCCCCGGGAUGAAAAGGAAAGGAGUAAAUGAAGUUCCCUUCCUGCAUCACGUGAUGGAGGGGCAACAUAUAAUGGCCCAGGUCCACAUCCAAGCUCCCUCGUCCUCCUCUGUGGCCGGGGAAGAGUCCAGGCGGUUGCCGAACCCCGUGCGAGUUGCAGCCCGGGAAAGAAUGGCGGGGGGACGCCUGUUGGACAGUCACAGCCUGGAUGGGAUAAGCCAGGUAUACGGUGCAUCCAAGAGCCAGGAAGGAAGGAGGGCCACCAUAUCAAGCGCCUUGGAAUUGGAAGGAACCGUGAGUUACGAUGGGGACCUGACCCAUUUUGUGGCCAACAACCUGCAAAUGAAGAUCAAGAUGAGCUCUCGGGGCAGUCUGGACGAUACGGAGCCCAUCUCCUCCACCUCGGUGUCAUCCCAACUGUCUGUCCGAGGCAAAACCGCAGACAUCCCACAGGUCGACCCACAGGUCCUUUGGGAUCUGGAAAGGCUCACCAGGGAUGUGGCACAGAGAGUGGACCAGAUGCUGAGAGCCUUGAACAGCGCUAUCCAGAACAUGACGGCGCUCAGCGUGGGGUACAUCCAGACCUACCGAGAUGCUGUGGACAGUUUGGGCGAAUCCGUGGACAUGAGCAUCAAAGGGAUGUACACUCUGAUGGCGAGGUGCGAGGAGCUGGACCGGUCCAUGCAGCCCAUCCACAUCCUCGCUGACCAGAUCCGGGAGAUUAAGAGGACUCUGGAGGCCUUUGAGGCACUUCAUUUCAAGUCUUAUAGAGAUUCUGCUAGAUGCAUUGAGAUGACAAACGAAAACAAGGAAGAGGAAGCAGAAUCACAGAACAAACAGAAAAAAGACAAAGAAAUGCAACACAGAAUCUCUCCAGAGAAAGAAAUUAUAAUGGGAGACCAUCGAAUGGAAAGCACUCGGCACGAGGCCUGUAAUGGUGAAUCUGUCAUAUCUCUGGAACAGGAAUCUACAGAUCAUCUUUCUGACAAUGACAGAGUGCCCAAAGCUACCAUUUGUCCCGACUGUGGGAAGAGCUUUAGCAACAGCUCCCACCUAAUCCGUCACCGUCGCGUCCACACAGGUGAGAAACCGUACAAAUGUCCACAUUGUGACAAAAGUUAUCGCCAAGACUCUCACUUAGUUCAGCAUAUGCGCUCUCAUACAGGUGAGAAGCCGUACCGGUGCACACACUGUGGCAAGGGCUUCUCACAGAGCUCCAAUCUCAUCAUCCACGAACGGACACAUACAGGUGAGCGACCCUUUACCUGUCCAGAGUGUGGGCGGAGUUUCAGCCAUAGUUCUGAUCUCAUUCAGCACAAGCGGAUACACACAGGUGAGAAGCCGUAUGUCUGUUCCAUCUGUGGGAAAUGCUUUUCUCAGAGCUCAAAGGUUACCCAACACAAACGCUUCCAUUCUGGGGAACGUCCAUUUUCCUGUGGAGAGUGUACCAAGACUUUUCGUCUCCGUGCUGAUUUAGUCCGUCACCUCCGUGCUCAUACUGGGGAGCGGCCUUUUGGCUGCCCAGAGUGUGGAAAACACUUUGCCGAGAGCUCCCAUCUUAUCCGACACCAGAGGAUCCAUAUGAGCGAGCGUCCCUUUCGCUGCCCAGACUGUGGGAAAGGAUUCAAUCAGAGCUCCAACCUCCGGCAGCAUCAGCGGGUGCACCGAGGCCAGAAACCCUUCAAAUGCAAUGAGUGCGGGAAAGGUUUUGGUGUAAGCUCGGCACUCUUGCAACACCAGCGCACUCACACAGGUGAACGACCCUAUUGCUGCAGCCAUUGUGGGAAGAGUUUCAGUGUCAGCUCCACCUACCAUAUACAUCAGCGUAUUCAUGCAGGACAAAAGCCCUAUUCAUGUGCAGAUUGUGGGAAAGGGUUUGUGCGUAGUUCUGCUCUUCUUCAACAUCAAGCAACUCACACUGGUGAAAAGCCCUUUCGAUGUCCCUAUUGUGGAAGAGGUUUUGGACAGAAGUCAGCACUUUCUCAGCAUCGGCGAGCCCAUGUGAGAAGAGGGGAGACAUUGACUUUGAUGGAAGGAUGGGCAACUGCUGGGCUGGAAGGUGUUGGGGACCAGGGGGUGGGAGGAGAAGCUGACAGCAUGUGGCAAGGGAAUGGAAUAGGGAUUAUGGAGCCAGAGUGGCACGGUGAUGGGGACGAGACCGCAAGACAGGGGUGGGAGGAGGAUGGUGAUGAGGCCAUGAGGGUGGAAUGGCAGGAUGAUGCUGAUGAGAGUCUGGAACAACCAUUACAGGAUGAUGGCAGAGAAAGUAUGAGGCAGAACUGGAAAGAUGGUGUGGAAUCCUCCAUGAGGACCGAGUGGCAGGAUGAUGAGGAUGAAAGACUGGAACAGGGAUCACAAGAUGAUUGUACUGAAAGCAUGAGGCUGGAAUGUCAGGAGGUUGAUGAUGACGACGACGACGACGGGGUGGAGGAGAGUUUGCAGGAUGAUAAUGUGAGUGUGAGACUAGAGUGUCGGGAUGAUGAUGAAAGUGUAGAAGAAUAUGUACAAGAUGACAGUAAUGCAAACAUGAGGGGAAAAUGUCAGGAUGAGAUCACAAAGCAAAACUGGCAGGAUGAUAGAGAUGAAAGCAUACGGGAAGAAUGGGAGACUACUAUAGAUAAUUUAAGGCAGAAGAAAUUAAUUGUGGAACAGGAAUGGCAGGACAGUGAAGAUGGUAGUGAGAAGCAAAGCUGGCUAGGAGAUGGGGAGGACAGCUUGGAGAGAACAAGGAGAAAGUCAAAGACAGAGUCACCCUGCUGAGGAUGGGGAGCAUAAGGAAUUGAAAUGAUUGACUGGGAUAUAGCAGAAGAGAGUAGGAUGCCGACAAUGUCCAUGUAAUAGCCAAAACCAGCAAACCAGCAAAAGACAGUGGACAAACAGCAGAACCAUACCCUGAUGCAAAGUGGUCACGUCCUUCUGCAGCAAAUACAGCUGUAUUUAUAUGUGUAGGAUAUUCUGUGGUGUCCACGCUCCAUUUGAACGUGUUCCUCGCUCCCAGUACCUGCAUGUCUGUGCCACGUAGCACUAUGUGAUGGCUGCCUCAUGGUCAAGCUAUAUGAUCCAGCUCCCUGUAUCAUUCCAAGUCUUGUGCCAUGUGCUGAUCAAAUUAAUUCCAAAGGGUGAUUUUAUUCAGUCAGUUUUUAAAUUUUACUCUACGUAUACAGUAUACAUGGUGUAUUAUACUACCCAGUCCAACCCAAGUUUUGUUAAAAAAAAUUAGUUUCAGAACACCUCUAAGGUAAGAUGCCUUUUCAUAAAUAAGUGGGUGUCUUUCCUUAUGGUGGGGGCAAUUCUUGCUGGAUUCCAAGACUUGAUUUAGGAGAAAUGGUACCAUUUCAGUCUAGAAGCUUUGAAAUAAAUGACUUAGGAGGUUGGGAUUCAGGGGUGGGGGGCAAAUAUAUAUAUAUAUAUAUAUAUAUAUAUAUAUGUUUUAUUUUCACAAUUUUUAUUUAGGAGCCCAACAGAAUGUGGGGACACUGUAAGACUCCAAUAUUUAACUAGAACAGCUUUUUAAACUUCUGUUGCAUGCUCUGGAUCUCUCCCAAUUGUAGUUAUUUUUGUAACAUUCUAAUCCCUUGCUCUUUUCUGUGUCUCCCUCUGAUGAACUAAUAAAUGCUCUUUUUGAUUCCA